AUGGAAGCUUUAGCAGGGCAGCUUUUGUCUUCUGCUGAUGCUCUCCGCGCUAAUCCCACGACUAAGCAAGACCAUGUCGAAAUUAUUCAGUCAGCAUAUUCAUUGCUCGUUGAACUCAAAGAGCCCAUGGACAACGUCAUGGAUCAAAUGAUCAGUCUUUCCAAGUUUGUCGCCAUGAGGCUGUUCAUCAAGUGGAGGUUGUUCGACAAGAUUCCUGCCAACGGAGCGAUUUCGUACGAGAAGCUGGCAGGCUGCGUUCAGGCUGAACCAGGAUUGAUUGCUCGAUUCGGAUCGGCAUUGGUAGCAAAUGGUGUUCUGCGAGAAGUGGAAAAAGGCGCAGUUGCGCACACUGUGCAGAGCGAGGCGUUGCUUUCUGGAAAUCCAAUCAAUGCCCUAAUUUGCCUUAGCUUCGAUGCCCAUCUCAGGACCGUGGCAAGGCUCCCAGACUAUUUUGGAAAGUUCGGCCUUGGCCAGCCUUUGGGUAGAGAAAAUACUCCAAUUACCUUCACGGUCGGAAAUGCCUCCCUCACCAUUUGGGAGCACAUGAACCGCAGCCCGGAAAUGAAGAAGACCUUUAUGCUGGCUAUGCAGGCCAUGUCCACCGGACACGGCAUUAUUGGGGACUAUAGCUUCAAAUGGGUUGUCGACAAGAUUGACGAGUCACAAGAUCGACCUCUUGUUGUGGAUGUCGGCGGUGGCAAAGGCCAUGCGCUGGAAGCAAUUGUCGCGGCCACAGGUCUGCCCAUGGAGAGAUGUGUGCUCGAAGACUUGGAGCCCGUACUCGAGCUGGUCAGGUCGCAGGCUGAGGGCCCCAUCAAGAAUGCGCAGCUUAUUGGGCUGGAUUUCCAUACCGAGCAGCCCGUCAAAGGAGCCGUGGUGUAUUACAUCAGACGAUGCCUGCAUGACUACGGCGAUGCAGACUGCAUCAAGAUCCUGAAGCAAAUUUCGGCUGCCAUGGCGCCUGACAGUCGCAUCCUGAUCGUGGAGAGCGUUUUGGGAGAUCAGCCAUCUCCCGUGUCCGUUGCCAACGAUAUUUUGAUGAUGAUGCUUGGUGGGAAAGAGAGGACGCUGGAGGAAUUCGAAAGCAUCAUGGUCGAGGCGGAUCUGGUGAUUGAGAAGUUGUGGUGGUCUAAGGGAACAGAUUAUGCAAUUAUAGAGGGAAGGAAGGCAGCGGGAUCAAGUACGGAAUAA